UGACACUUGACAGUGACAGUUUUUGUCAAAUUCAUUAAAAUUUAGAAUUCGAUUUUCGAAAUAAAACUGAGCAAAAUAACCUGCUCAGACUGUGUAGUGUACCUAUUUCAUUUAUUUCCGAUUGAAUAGUUUUACGUUCUAAAUAUGGCCACGCCAGCAGCCAGAAGAACCUUCGGCCAAUUAUUGAAACAAGGCUAUGAUGAGAUCCCCGAAAUUUAUGCAUCCACUGUGAUGGGUCUCAUUGGUAUCGGUCUAGGAUGCGUUGGUGUUUAUAGAUACAAUAAAAACGAUGGUGAUAAUCGGAGAUACAAACAACUUUAUACAAUCAUGAGACCAGAUGACCCCCGAGUAAAGAAAAUUAUAAGGGAUUGAGCGUUUUUAAAACUACGAUAAAGUUAGAUGCAAUUAUGUAACAUACAAUAAAAAUAGUGCUGUGCAUUCAA